CACUGCAUGUGAGUUUUCAUUGCGUGUAUAAUCAAGUACCGAAACCUCCCAUUCACAAUAAAAUCUCCUAGCUGACCAUUACGCACCCUUCAUUUCUCUCUUCCCUCGCCUCCUCUCUCUCGCUCUCUCCUUCUCUCUAUCCUUUUUGCCCUAUCUGAUAGGGUUUUCAUGUCCUUGUAAGCUCCUAUCUCUCAUGCAUCACUGCAUCCAAGCACUAUACGCCGUUGUUGUAGCCUUAAUCUUUUCUGGGUCUCUCUUUUUUGCUCUCUUUCGAGGGUUUUUCGGUGGAAAGCUUUGCGGGUUCGACCUCCUGGGGUUUUUUGAGCUGUACCCAUGUCAAAGCUCCUUGGUUUCGCUGGUAAUGAUGAUUUUUGCCCUGGGGGGUCAAUUUAUACAAACCCCAAAGAACCUAGCCUCUUUUUGUCCCGUGGUAAUCAUGCGGAUGUCUUUUUUACUCCUCGCAAGAGGUCUCGCAUCAGUGGUCCGUUUGUUUUCAGUGAAGAAGGUUUUGAGCAGAAGAAGCCGGUGUCUAUUGAUGUUCUACCAGAUGAAUGCCUCUUUGAAAUCUUUAAACGGCUACCUGGAGGUGAGGAAAGGAGUGCCUGUGCUUGUGUUUCCAAGCGCUGGCUUACACUUUUAAGUAAUAUCCAUAGGGACGAAUUCUGCAGCAACAAAACCAACCUAUUGUUGAACCCUCAGGAUGAGGUCACUGGAAAUAAGGAUCAGGAGGUUGAGAGUUGUGGAUAUCUUUCCAGGAGCUUGGAAGGGAAGAAGGCAACAGAUGUUAGACUUGCUGCCAUUGCCGUUGGAACUGCUAGUCGAGGAGGAUUGGGAAAACUUACAAUCCGAGGAAGCAAUUCUGGUCGUGGGGUGACAAACCUUGGCCUAAGGGCGAUAUCCCAUGGCUGUCCUUCUCUGAGGGUUCUUUCUUUGUGGAACGUGUCCUCUAUUGGGGAUGAAGGCUUGUGUGAGAUUGCUAAUCGGUGUCAUAUGUUAGAGAAGCUUGACCUCUCCCAAUGUCCUGCAAUAUCUGAUAAAGGUUUGGUUGCAAUUGCAAAGAAGUGUCCUAAUUUGACUGACUUAUCACUUGAAUCCUGUUCUAACAUUGGGAAUGAAGGUCUUCAAGCUAUUGGGCAGUGCUGCCCCAAUCUCAAAUCCAUUUCAAUCAAAAACUGCCCUCUUGUUGAGGAUCAGGGAAUUGCUAGUUUGUUAUCUUCGGUCUCUUAUGUCUUGACAAAAGUGAAGCUUCAGGCGUUGGCCAUCACUGAUGUGUCUCUUGCUGUUAUUGGACACUAUGGCAAGGCUAUCACCGAUCUUGUCAUUACCAGCAUCCCCAAUGUCACUGAGAGGGGUUUCUGGGUCAUGGGCAAUGGUCAUGGGCUGCAGAAGUUGAAGUCCUUCACUGUUACAUCUUGUCAAGGUGUAACAGAUACUGGGCUUGAAGCAGUAGGGAAAGGCUGCCCGAAUUUGAAACAGUUUUGCCUUCGCAAAUGUCUAUUCAUUUCUGACAGUGGGUUGGUAUCAUUUUGCAAAGCAGCAGGAUCGCUUGAGAGCCUUCAUUUGGAGGAGUGCCACAGGAUUACCCAGUAUGGGUUUUUUGGUGCUCUUUCAACUGGUGCAAAAUUGAAGGCUGUAGCAUUUGUCUACUGCUUGGGACUUAAAGACCUGAACUUAGGAUUGCCUGAGGUGUCUCCAUGCCAAUCUCUUCGAUCAUUGUCCAUUCGUAACUGCCCUGGAUUUGGGAAUGCUGGCCUGGCACUGUUAGGUAGACUUUGCCCUCAACUGCAGCAUGUGGACUUCAGUGGGCUUGAGGGUAUAACAGAUGCUGGGUUUCUCCCACUACUUGAGAACUGUGAGGCUGGCCUGGUAAAGGUUAAUCUUAGUGGUUGUGUGAAUGUAACAGACAAGAUGGUUUCAUCCAUGGCUAAGCUACAUGGUUGGACUCUGGAAAUGGUAAAUCUUGAAGGUUGUAAGAUGAUCAGCGAUGCAGGCUUGGUAGCAAUUACAGGGAACUGCCCAUUGCUUAGUGACCUUGACGUCUCAAGGUGUGCAAUCACCGAUUUUGGAAUUGCAUCCCUGGCCUGUGCAGACCAGCUAAAUCUGCAGAUCCUCGCCAUGUCAGGGUGCCCUUUAGUGUCAGACAAGAGCUUGCCUGCUUUGGUAAAAAUGGGUCAGACCCUUCUGGGCUUGAAUCUUCAGCACUGCAAGGCAAUCAGCAGCAGCACUGUUGACCGGCUUGUGGAGCAGCUAUGGCGUUGUGAUAUCCUUUCCUAGGCUGGGAAGAAAAGGGGUAAUUGCCCACUCUGGAAUCAGAAUCACCACCUACAAUGAUGAGGGUUGAAUAGUCAGGAAGUCAAGAAUCGUAGUCAGCUUUUGUGAGUAACCACAGCUUAUUUAGUUUUUGGGUCCAUCAGCAAUGGGUCUUUAGACAUCAAGUUCCCCGGUUCCCUUUUCCAGGGAAAAUGGCCAUUUACUCCUUUUUAGCAGGUUUCCUAUCAUUGGAGAUCUGUUCCUGGUAUUUUGGCGCUCGGUAAAGGGCUGUCGCUGAAUGGCCAUAUAUCCCUGAGAAUAUUGCUACCGGGUUCUUGAUCUAGAUUGUCUUUCCAGUUCGCAUUUGUCCUGGUUUUGUAUUGCUAGGUGUAGGGAAGCUCUUGUUUUUGCUUGGUUAUGUUUAAUGCUUAGGCCAAGCUCUUUUAGGGUUCCUACCAUACCUAGUUCUAAGUCUGUCGAUUGUUGGUUUUUCCGAGUCGUUCACGUUUUUUUUACUUGUAUUCUGUACGUGAUGGUUGGGUCUUAUGUUUUCCUCAAAGGGUUUAGAUCAGAGUUCCGUAGUCAUUGAUUUGUCUAGAGGUCCUGUGUUGGGUUGCUUUUGGCAGUUCAAAGUUUUGAUGCCUUGUGUUUGGGGGCUUUGGCCUUGGCAGCUUUUUAUGAGUCUGCCAUGACAAUCCUUUUCCUUCAUGGAGGGUGGAGGGAUUGUUUUUUUUUUCAAGCCCCUGUUUUUCAGGCAUCAUUUGUUCAUGAACUGUACUCUGCAACUUGUUAAUUAUGUAAUGAACUCUGUAUCUGCCCUUUGCGAUGUAUGCUUUGAAUUAUAAUGAAUAAAAUUCUCAGUCGUGUUUUAUGAUA